CUUCAUAACCAUCAACAAUAAGCAAUCUAAGAACUCCUAACCUUCAAACAUCAAGACUUUUUAGACACAAAUGGCUAUGAUGAGAAGUCUCUUUGUUGCAAAGAAUAUAUUUGGAGGCUCCUUAGCAGGAACGAGGAAAACAACUUCAGCACCAAAAGGGUUUCUUGCAGUGUACGUAGGAGAGAGCCAGAAGAAGCAGAGAUACUUAGUGCCAGUCUCUUACUUGAGCCAGCCAUUGUUUCAAGCACUUCUCAGUAAAUCCGAGGAAGAUUUCGGAUAUGAUCAUCCGAUGGGUGGUUUGACGAUCCCUUGUCCUGAAGAUACUUUCCUUACAGUAACUUCUCGGAUCCAAGGAUAAUGAUUGAUCAUCCGAAGAUACACUUUAUUUUUUACUGUAGAUAGAUGACAAUUUUUUCUUUCAAUUUUGAUCAAGUGGAUAGAACUUCCAAUGUAAAUACCAGUUCUUCUUUGUGUAUUGUGACAAUGAACGAUGGAAUCAAACAAAAGAUCUAGACAGAUUUUCUAA